AUGGCUGCAGCAGACGAUUCCAAUAGCCUCGACGACGAUUCAGCAGACCCACCACCUCCAGCACCACCACAACAACAACAACUAAUCCAGUCUUCUUCCCGUCUUUAUCCUCUUCUUUGCUCUCAGUCAUCUUCCCAGAUCAAUAUGUUUUCAUACUCCUCCAAGGACUUUGCCAAUCCACAGACCAGGCCAAAGCGCAGGCAGGUCAAGAACGCCUGCACUAACUGUCAAAAGGCCUGCAAGAAGUGCGACGAUGCCCGUCCUUGUCUGCGAUGCGUCAAGUAUGGCAUCUCAGAGGAGUGUGUCGACUCACAGCGCAAGGAACGCAAGAAAGGCGUCAAGAGGGGUCCGUACAAGAAGCGCGAUGGAAAAGGCAACAACGUCGACCCACGCUAUGGGUCACAGAACGGCGUCGUGCCUGCACAACAACAACCUCUGGAAUCACCAACGAAUCCACAGUUGUACCUCCCAAUUGGUUAUCCCAAUGCAUACCACAACUAUCAGCAGACUUUUGACAAGUCUCAGGACCAGUCUCUCCUUUACUCCUCUCAUUCGCAGCAUGUCAUCCCCGCUGUGAAUUCCCAACCUAACCAACUCUUGCCAGAAUCUUAUCCCACUCCCCAACCCUACUACCAGCCCCAGCUGUACUCUCCUGUGCCUGUUCACCAGCCGCCGGCCCAGUAUGUUAUCUCCUCGCAGGGGCCCAACCACAACUUUCCCGCUCUCGUCGGCACUAUGUUUCAUAAACAUAGUUCGUACGAGCACAAUCACCAAUCCGACAUGAUGCAUCUUCACCACGCCUGA